CUCGCCGGCCCAGCGCUUUUCCAGCAGCCGCUGGCGGACACGGCCACCGCGUCUUCCCCUCCAGAAGGGAAAGAGCGGGCGGAGGAACACCCUCCGCGGGUCUCGCCUCCCCCAACCACUCGGAUGGCUGGCGGCGGCCUUUCUCCACUCUCCCUGGCCGCGGCGACCGAACCGCACACACACACACGCGCGGCUUCUUGCGAUUUCGGCGACUCGGAUAUUAAUCCUCGCCGGUCGCCGCCACCCACUCCGAAAACUGCGUCUCCGUGCGCGCGUGAGUGUGUGUUUGUGGACUUUGGAUGCCACUGCCAUCACCGUCGUUUAGCGCGCCGACCGGCGUCCACACCCAGGCGUCAUCAUCAACCAUGGAGUUCACACUCGUCGGCGAAUUCAGCAGCCGAGACGGUACUUUUCUGUAGCGUCAGCGGCAACGACGUUCCUCGGCGUGACAGCAGCGGUGAUCUCGGCGGUGGCGUGAAUAUUCGUCGCAUUGAACGGACAGCGGCACCAGUGGAACUGGCUGCAGCAUCUCCACGCUGAGCGGUGCCGUCGAAGAUUCGACCUCGGGAGUUCACCCGUAGGGAAAACUACGACUGACCAACACUUGUGCCAUAGCGCUGUGCGUACUUUGUUCUCCGUCGUUCCAGUCACCGGUGUGUUGCUGCUGAGCAGCUUCGUGAAUAUACUGUGCGGACGCUUCCGGAGGAAGAGCAGAGAUGAGAAGAGACUGAUCUUCAAUUUUUCAUAGACCGUGAAAGACAACAUUGGAUGCCCGCGUCGAGAGCGAGGAUAACUAUGCAAGUGCUUGGAAGGAAUGCGAUCUCGGCGAUUCUCCUCGGGGCACUGUUGGCCGCCUUGCGAGUCCGCACCGCCCAAGGGAUUCGCCCCAAGGACCACCCGGUGGUGUCCACCAGAUCGGGAUACGUGAUGGGCCGGACCAACGUGUUCUUCAACAAGCCCAUCGACACCUUCCUGGGCAUUCCGUUCGCCGAGCCGCCUCUGCGGGAACUCCGCUUCCGCAAGCCGACGCCGGCCAAGCCGUGGGAGGGCAUCUACAAUGCGGUGCAGGCGCCCUUUCCCUGCCUGCAGUACGACACGUUCGUCACCAAGAACAUCACCGUCGACGCCUCGAACAGCACCGAGGACUGCCUCUACCUGAACGUGUGGACGCCGGCGCUGCACUGCAACACCAUCGAGAACUGCGGCGCCAAGAGCGUCAUCGUGUUCCUCCACGGCGGGGGCUUCGACACCGGCGGGAACAGCUACUUCUUCUACGACGGCACGCAGCUGGCAGCCCUGGGCGACGUCGUGGUCGUGGUUCCCAACUACCGGCUGGGCGUCUUCGGCUUUCUGAGCGCGGGCCACCCCGACGCGCCGGGAAACAUGGGUCUCCUCGACCAGCUGGCGGCGCUCCGGUGGGUCCGCGACAACAUCGUCCACUUCGGCGGUCGUCCGGAGUCGGUGACCCUCAUGGGCCAGAGCGCGGGCGCCAUGUCCGUCGGCUUCCACAUGGUGUCGCCGCUCAGUCGCGGCCUCUUCAAGCGGGCCAUCCUGCAGAGCGGUAGCCCCUACCUCCUGCAGCCGGCGAGCCUCAAGGCGGGCGUCGAGCGGGUCCAGCUCCUCGCCGAGGCCGUGGACUGCGCCGACGAGAACGUGACGCUGUCCAGCCACCGGCAUCACGUGCUCGAGUGCCUGCGCUGGGCCAACGCGUCGGCCCUGAUGGCGGCCAACAGGGAGCUGAACGUGUUGAACCCGGCCAGCUACUUCCCUUCUUACGGAGACGAGUUCCUCCCGGAAGACCCGCGGGCGCUCAUCGAGCGCGGUGAGGUCGCGGAUGUGGACGUCAUCAUCGGCACCAACAGGAACGAGGGCAGCCCGUUCGUCAACUACUUCAUGGUCAAGGUUCUGCGCCAAGAGGACCCAAGGCUCUUGACCCGCGACGAAGUGGGCUUCUACCUCAUCCUGCUUUUUCACCACGUGUUGGGCGAGAGUCCCCGUGAGGUCACGUCACACUACCUGCGUGACGUCAGACCGGAAGACGGCCGCGGAGCGCUGGCGGCCGCGGGCGACGCCAUCGGAGACUUCCUGUUCCAGUGCCCGGUCAACUACUUUGCCGAGAACCUGGCGGCGAGGAACCGUACGGUGUACAUGUACUACUUCGACCACCGGCCCUCGUACAGCUGGUGGGGGGACUGGCUGGGAGUGGCCCACUUCGACGAGUUCUUCUUCGUGUUCGGAACGCUGUUCCGAGACAUGCACAUGUCCACCAUGGAGGAACUCGAGUUCAGCUCGAAGCUCAUCCAGAUAUGGUCUACGUUCGCCAGGAAAGGGAAAGUGCCCAAGAUCCGCGGUAACCGUUGGCCCAAGUUUACAGCCGAGUGGCCCCUGCUGCUGAAUUUAAGCCCAAAGAACUUCACCGUCGGCUGGGAGCCGCACGCCGAAAACUGCCGUGCUUGGGAGCGCUACCUCAAGGUGUCACCGGACAACGCGGUGGCCAGUUGACCGACGACACAAUCGCGUCAGUGAUCCGUAGAAGAGAAACUAAUGGACCUCGAGUGUGCAGGGGUAGUCUCCGGAUUUUGUGACGAACCGCAGGUCAGUGGAGAAGACCGCCAGCGCCGAGUGGUUUGUGCAGAUUUAACCACUUAGAAAGCACUAUCCCGGCCAACGAAAUGCCUGUUUCACCUGAGCAUAUAGUGCGAGAGCUCGACACCGCACACACUGUUAUGUGCGAUCGACGCUGGUUUGAGGGAGUGUACAAUUCAAGUGCUGUAAACGGCACUUUCCCGUCGUGCUUCGCGAGUGAGCAGCGGCGAACCAGAGCCUGUAUUCUCGGCGGAAUACUUUCGCGCGUGCCUCAUCACGACUUAGUGGAAGGGGGGUCAUUGUACCAGUGUCCAAGCCAAUUAACGCGCAGUGUUAGAGACGUCACCGAAAGUGAACCAUCGAGAAUGCGGCGCCAACGACCAGGAACGGCCGCCAAAAAGAACUGUGCUUAGAACCUUGCGGGCGACAUCACGCGCUGAAGACUUGACUAUCUCAGUAUAGCCAUUCAUGGCCCUUCGGUAACUUAAAAGGCGCUGGUGCAGCCUAUACUAAACGACUUCCGUUAGUUCGCUCGUCGUGCGAGUCUGAAGCCUUGCAUAGGCGCGCAUAGGUGCGUCUUUUCGCAGUUUUUGCAGAUCUUUUAAUUCGUCGAAGCGGGGACCUACGUGAUGUUCCUGCAAGUUUUCUUUUUUCUUCCCCGUUGAGCAAUUUCCCCCUCAAGAAAUAAAGUUGUGUUACUUGUUGAAA